UGUACUCCAAAGUCAUCGCCUUCAACGCGUCGUAGCCUCCGGUCUCCAAGUAAGCUUCAUUCUGUGAAACAUCUGUCCCGUAAUUUUACUCAUCCGGCGAAGCCACGACGUACGGCAUGGCAAAAUUAGCGCCUGAACAAGGAGGAGAGAGUGAUAGGAUUAGCAGCUUGCCAGACCCUCUGCUUCACCACGUCCUAUCUUUUCUUCCCAUAAAAGAAGCCAUAGCCACGAGCUUGAUCUUGUCCAAGAGGUGGACUCGGCUAUGGCUGGCAAUGCCCGCUCUUGAUAUUCAUGACACUGGCUUUGCUACUCUUGAUUCUUUCAUUCAGUUUGUAGAUGCAGUCUUGUUCUUGUCCCAUCCCAAACCCAUAAACAUGUUUCGUCUCAAGUGUCAGAUAUUCCAAGUGCCUCCUAUCAGGACUAAUCUGUGGGUUAACUUUCUGAUAAAUUGUAAAGUGGAGCAUCUCGAGCUGUGUUUUGCAGAUUUAAAUUCUUAAAGUCACGUUGAUGUGCCUGCUUGCAUUUUCCACAGCAGUACCAUUAAGAUUUUAAAGUUGGCUCAGGUUAAGCUGACUGCUCGAUCUGUUAAUUUGCCUUCACUCAAAGUAUUGCAUCUGGUGAAAGUUCUAUUUUCAA